AUGAAAGCCUUCAGCUCUGAGACAAGGAGGGGCUCACACCUGAAGCAGUAUCUGAGCAGGGAAGGGGCAGCCAUUGCCGGUGCUGACAUGGAUGGUGCAUCAGAGCCAGUUCAGAUCUCUGAUCACGGCCAGACUGCCACAGCUUGUGCUCCAGACUUUGCCAAAUGCCUGCACUGGCCCCUCUUGCUCCAGUGCUGCUCCCCUCUGGAGCAAGGGUGUCAGUGUUGGGAAGGGGUAAUUGUUGAGCAUGCCCGCGGCCCGCGACGAGAUGGCAGUCACGGUUCUGGACGCAGUGGAUAUGGUUCUAAAAGAAGUGGCCGAGAUAAAUAUGGCCCUCCUACCCGCACAGAAUACGGACUUAUUGUGGAGAAUUUGUCAAGUCGGUGCAGCUGGCAAGACCUAAAGGAUUAUAGGCGUCAGGCGGGAGAAGUGACCUAUGCAGAUGCCCACAAGGGACGCAAAAUUGAAGGGGUGAUUGAAUGUGUGUCUUACUCUGAUAUGAAAAGGGCUUUGGAAAAGUUAGAUGGAACUGAAGUCAAUGGCAGAAAAAUCAGAUUCGUUGAAGACAAGCCCGGUUCUAGACGACGCCGGUCCUACUCCAGGAGCCGGAGUCCCUCAAGGUCUCGCUCUCGAAGCAGACAUUCUCGUAAGAGCAGAAGCCGAAGCGGCAGCAGCAAAAGCAGUCAUUCCAAGAGUAGAUCCCGAUCCAGCUCAGGCUCCCGUUCCAGGAGCAAGAGCCGCAGCCGCAGCUAGAAGGACCAGAGCCGGAGCCCCAGCAAGGACCAGAGCCGGAGCCGCAGCCGCAGCAAGAGCGAGAGGAGCAGAAAACGAGGCGGCAAGCGAGACAGCAUUGGCAAGAAGAAGAAGGAGAAGGAAGACAACGACCGCUCCCAGCCCAGAUCGCGAUCCCGCUCAGGCUCGAAGGAGCGGGAAGAUGCCAAGUCCGAGUCUGGCCAGAGGGAAGGCCGAGCGGAGAGUGAGGAUGCUGGCGCCAAUCAGGAGACCCGGUCCAGGUCGAGGUCCAAUUCCAAAUCAAAACCAAACCUUCCGUCAGAAUCACGCUCCAGAUCAAAGUCCGCGUCAAAAACCCGAUCCCGGUCCAAGUCUAGAUCCAGGUCUGCGUCCAGAUCGCCCUCCCGGUCUAGAUCUAGGUCCCACUCAAGGUCCUAACUGGCUACGACCACAGCUGGAACUCCCCGAGAAGUCUUUCGUACAUGUUUGGUAGCC